AUGUUCCAAAUAGGAGAAUGUUUUCCAGAGUCAAGCACACAAUGGCACUCCACUCGACGUUUCCGCAACUUUCUCGCUCUUUACAAGCUCAAAGGACCCGUUACUAUCCUGCCCGACACACUGCCGUCGAACCAAGGUUUUAAAGAUACCAGUCAUCUCGAUCAGCCGCCUACCUGCAUGAACUCCAUGCUUCAACGACGUCGUAUCUCCAAACUACCCUGUACAGCUUACAGCGUACGAGAAUUGCACGACCAUUGGUGUCUCCCCCCUAUAUCCCUGCUGGUGGUGGUGUAUAUUGGUAGCUUGAUGCACUUCACAUGA